AUGGCGACGGUCGCAGCCCGCCGCCUCCUCCAGCCGCGAUGGGUGGCCGGCGGGCGGUGCCGGCUGCUGGGCACGGCGGCGGAGGCUUCUCCCGGCGGGGACAGCGCGCGAGGAGGGGGAGGAUCCGACGACGCGAUCUACGUGAAGAAGCCGUCGGCCGCCACGGCCGUGACGACGCGGGACGAGACGUCGGUGGCGAUGCCGACGUCGUUCAUGACGGGGUCGGUUGUCGGGAAGCGCUUCUACCGCGACGCCACCGUGCGGCGCGCCGACGACGGCAACGGGUGGACCGUGAUGUUGGACUACCGCACGCUCAAGUCGCCGGCCAAGCGGCCCCUCAAGCUGCCCUCGCGCGCGCUCGCAAUGGCCAUCGCCGCCGAGUGGGAGUACCAGGAAUCAGAUGGAAUUCGACCUUUCACAAUGCCUCUCAUGAAGCUUGCUUGUACUGCAUUGGAGAGAGUUCCUUUGACACGUAGAAAAGUAAUUGAUAAUUUGAUGAAGAAAUUUCAUCAAGAUUUGGUAUUCUGUCGUUCACCUGCUGAUAGUGAACUGACCAUUGGAGUUCAUCAAAAGCAGAAGGAGAAAAUUGAUCCAAUUCUGGAGUGGGUAGAUACUGAAUUUGGGUUCAAGCCCGUUGUCUACACGACCUUCUUUGGGGGAAAGCAAGAUGAGGGCCUUGCUAAGGCUGUAGAAACUGUUCUUAAGAAAGCAACUGACUGUGAGUUGGCAUCUAUUGAUGCUAUGGCUGCUGCAGCCCAUUCCCUGGUGAUCCCUCUUGCAAUAUUUAGAGAAAGGUUGGGUAUUGAGGAGGCCAUUGAGUUGAUCAGGCUAGAAGAAGACCACCAGGUUGACCGAUGGGGCUUGGUGGAAGGAGGUCAUGACGUUGAUAUUGCCGAUCUUAAAGUGCAGAUGUCCUCGGCUGUUGUAUUUCUUGAGCUUACAUGGGGACUGUGA